UAACUUCAAACUGUCAUUGCGUGGCACUUGAACAGACGUCUUUUAUCGCUCCGUAGCAGUUAAAAGCAGGCUUGCAGAACCAGGUAGCUCCAAAUAUUGGAUUGUCGUCUUCGAACACAGAGCCAUGGCAGGACGUACAUCGUCAACCUUGGUCAUUUUCUUCAUUGCGUUAGCAGCGACAUUAUUCUUGAAGACAGACGCAAAAACACAGAGCAACCGCACAGACGAGUGUUACAAACCCUGCCGGAUAAAGAGCACUCCAGUUUGUGGAAAUGAUGGGCGAAAUUACACCACUGGAUGUCAUCUGAGUGUCGCCCGGUGUAGAGCUCGAAAAAUUGGCCAGCGUCUUUUCGCUAUAAACACAGGCUUCUGUCAGUCCAGUAAGCCAGUCAGUCAGUGUAACUUGAACUGCACAGAACGCCGGGCGUUGCUGUGCGCGAGCGAUGGGAAAACAUAUAAGAAUCUGUGUCUUUUCAAGAGGGCUAAAUGUGAGGCAAGAAAACGAAAGGAACCUACUUUGAAAGUCAUUAGCAGAAGAGGACCGUGCGUGCAGAAAUCCUCGCAAUGUCGACCGUAUUCGAGUUGUCCAAAGGUCAAGCGGCCAGUUUGCGGUACGGACAACAGAACUUACCAGAAUAUCUGUUACCUAAAAGGGAAAAACUGCCGACUCAAACGCGCCGCUAAGGGAGGUAAAUAUAAAAAAUUAACGCUGAAGUAUUGUGGAGCCUGUGGCCGAGGUAAACGGUGCGCUUUAGCCUGGACACAAAGAUGCCCGGAGGUGAAAUUUUGCGAUCAGCUGCUGAGAGCGGGUGUACGAUAUGCUGAAACGAAGCAAAAAGCCACCAAGUCUAGUUCGUUGAAAAAAGCUGGCAAAGGAAAUCAAAGAGUUCCCCGUUUGCCUAAGAAGAAGAGAACCAAGAAACCGAAGAAAACGAACACGAAGAAGGCGAACACGAAGAAGGCGAACACGAAGAAGGCGAACACGAAAAAGAAAACGAACAAGAAAAAUAGCAAUAUUAAGAUGCUCAAGAAAUUUCUCAACAGCAAGCCAAACUCUAAAAAAAACAAGAAAACGAAACCAACACCAAACAAGAAGGCGCCGGCGAAAAUCAUUCCUAAAAAGAUGUUCCAGGUUUGCGGGUCAGACGGCGUGACCUAUCCCAGUCUUUGCCACCUGCAAGUCGAGCAAUGCAAGAAGAUGAAUAAGUGUCAGCGGUUGCAGAUGAAGCACAAAGGAGCGUGCAAAAAACGACCCCGAAAGAACCUAACGUAGCCUGCUGCCCUUGUUAUAGUAAAAUGUGUGAUAAUGGUACACGAAUUGUUGGGACACAGAUAGGACUGUGCCGACACGUGAAUUUAACAAUUUGCGCUUGUAUUAUAAAGACGAUGACAAUUUUAUCAGUUUUAUUUUUUAAAUAUUUUAAAACUUAGCAAAAUCUGCGUCAAAGAUUGAAAAUGUAGCAAAUGAGUUAUAUAUAAAUUUACAAAAUCAAGCCUCAGACUAAGUUGAUAAAAAGGGUGUGCAUGCAUUUGCGUUACCGGAGUUAUCGCUGUUAUGCUAAUUUCAAACAGACGAUAAUGAUAUUUGAUGGCGCAUGAAGGCCAUUUUCCACUUCAAACGUAUCGGAGCGUAUCUCAUUGUUUUAAACUUUUAAAGUCAUUAAGUCCGAUUCUCAUAUGUCACCAACGGUCGGCGAUGGCUAUUGUCGGUGAUCGCUGGAGAAUAAAAUACUUUGUUAUUUUGUAUAAAUUUUCUUCGUGAAUGACCACAAACAAUACACCGCCGACCAUCGGUGACAAAUGAGAAUCAGGCUUUAGUUCUGGUCGAAUACUUCGGAAAAAAGAAAUAUGCUAUGUUACGCUACGAUUCGGUUGAACGGUUGAAAACAAACCUAAGAGCGACUUUGCUGGUUGCAAAGUUUCUGUGUCUGUGUUCAAAGAACUUCAAAGUGACCGACGUCUUCGAAAGAUUUCACAUUUUCAAAUACUGUGAUCAAAGUAUUCUUUGACGACAGAAACUCUGAUAGUGUAAACCAGCCUUUAAAUUACAACUCUGAAUUCCCAAAACCUUUCUCUCCCAAAGCUAUUGUAUACCAAUUUACGAAUGAGAAGAAUUUUCUAUUAUAAUUAUUGCACGAUUGAA